CACAUCGCAAGACACUUAUUCAGUUUCUAGAUUCUAGGCUCCCUGAUAGGCACACCAUCCUCUGAAGUUUCUAGAAACCUGAAAAAAGACUCUAGCAGGAAGAUAUGGCUAGUCCUGCUUGGCGAUUUGCAGUUCCCUAAAGGGUGAUGGUAAUGGGUGAAGGGCAAAGGAGGGUCUAGUCUCUCGCCCCUGCAUUCCCAAGACUUCCCCCAUCCACAGAGACUACAAUAUAUUGCCUAAGAAGAAAUGCCUGCGCCCUUGGCAGCCACCGCCCAACGCCAAAGGAUGGAGAAUAAAAGAGCUCAAGAAGAGAGAGCAACCAUCUGAGGGAAGCGGAAUACUGAUGACUGCUGGGGAGAUGAAGAAAAGGGGAGAAAAUAAAAGAAAAGUUACUUCACUCCUCACCAUAGUUUCCCCAUCCUUUGUAGACUCACUUCCCACCUAAGGGCGUGGUUUUCUUAUUAGCACCUGAGAAGGGGGAUGGGGACAGGCGGGCGCCUGUUCUGAGGGCGGCUGCGCAGAUACUCCUGUUUUUGUGUUUGUAAUUCAGCAGAGCCCAGAUGACCCGAGGCAGCCCCGGGAAAGGUGGCAGCAGCUGGUAGGAGUAGCCCAGCGGAGCAACAGGGAUAUAGAGACAAAGAGGGAGCUGUGGUUAAAGUGACACCGAAGACUUUAGCCCCACCUCUCCGCAAGCUAGACUCAUUCAGGUGGAGGUGGCCGUCCAUGACUCACAGACAUGGUACUGAGAAUCUCAUAAAAGAACUGAGAGAAAAUUAAAAUUUUACCAAACAAAAAUGGCAAGUCCCAACAACCUCACUUAUUUCACCAGAAAGUCUCUUACCAAAGAAUACAGAGCUGACAGAAAGAAAGAUGAGGAGGAAGAAGAACUGGAGCCAAGUAGUGACUUGGAAGCAGGUGAACAGCUGGCAUUUAUUUAUGGAGAUGUUCCUUCAGAAAUGGUGUCAGAGCCCUUGGAAGACCUGGAUCCAUACUAUAAGGAUAAGAAAACUUUCUUAGUAUUGAAUGAAGGGAGAAUAAUCUUCAGAUUCAGUGCCACUUCAGCCUUAUACAUUUUAACUCCUUUCAAUCUGAUUAGGAGACUAUGUAUUAAGGUUCUAGUAAAUUUCCUAUUCAACAUGUUUAUCAUGGGCACAUUUUUGAUCAACUGUAUAUUUUUGACAUUGUGUACAUCUCCAACCUGGAUAAAGUCUCUAAAUUUACCUUUCCUUGGACUAUAUACUUUUGAAAUACUUAUAAAAAUCUUGGCAAGAGGCUUCUGUAUAGGACCUUUCACAUUCCUCAGUGAUCCUUGGAACUGGUUUGAUAUUCCUAUUCUUACAAUGGCGUAUUUGAGACUAUUUGUAAACCUGGGCAGUUUUCCAUAUCUUGGAAUUUUCUCUGUGUUGAGAAUUAUGAAAGCUGUUUCUCUAAAUAUAGGCCCAAGAUCUGUUGUAAGAACACUCACUCAGUCAAUGAAGAUGUUUCAACAGACAGUGAUGCUGAUUGUAUUUUGUCUGAGUGUCUUUGCUGUCAUGGGAAUGCAGCUAUUUAUGGGCAAACUGAAGCAGAAAUGUGUGCAAUGGCCUAGAGGAGAGGGAAAUAUCACCGAGAUACCAUGGGACAAUGAAGACUAUUUUUAUUAUUUGGAAGGACAAAAGGAUGCUCUCCUUUGUGGUAACAGCUCAUAUUCGGGUGACUGUCCAGAAGGAUAUAUGUGUGUGAAAGCGGGCAUGAAUCCUGAUCAUAACUAUACCAGUUUUGAUCAUUUUGGUUGGUCUUUAUUGACUCUAUUUAGAUUAAUGACUUUGGACUACUGGGAAAAUCUUUACCAACAGAUCCUACGUGCUGCUGGGAAGACCUAUGUGAUAUUUUUUAUUGUCGUGCUUUUAUUCUGCUCCUUUUAUCUGGUGACUUUGAUCCUUGCCAUGGUCAUUCUGGCUUAUGAAAAACAGAAUCAAAUAACUAUUAAAGCUGCAAAGAGAAGACAGAUAAAAUACCAGGCAAUGUCAUAUUGGCACAAAAGAAAAGUAAAGCAAGUUCAGACAAUGAUAGCAGAAGAAAUAGCUGAAGAUGAAAGCGUUAUUGAAGGUCAAAAUAUAACACAUGCAGAAAAUUCUUCUGAAACAUCCCAACAUAUCUCAAACAAUGACAAUGUGAGAAUGGACCAAAGGAAGAAAAAGAAUCAAGACAACCAGCCUGAUGGAGAGGAAAAAGAAGUGGACCUGAAAUUGCAUCUGUUUGAAACAGAAGAUUACAUCCGAAAAAAAAUUUGUCAUCAUGGUAUUAAAAAUCAGAGAUUAACAAAAAAAAGCGAGUUAUAUUCUCCUCAGCAGGGAAGAACUGCAAGGAAAGAGCAGGAGGAAAGACAAAUAGAUUUUUGCUGCAUUUCUAAGGAUAUAUUGGAUGAUCCAACUAUCAGGCAAAGAGCAAUGGAAAAAAACAAUGUAUUAAACAAGAUGGAAAGACUUGAUGACUCCAGGUCUACAUGUACAAACUGGUGGCACAGAUUUGGUACCACAUUUACAAUUUGGAAUUGCUCUACACUUUGGAUAAAAUUCAAAGAUUUUAUCUAUGCUGUUGUAAUGGAUCCAUUUUUUGACUUGGCCAUUGCCAUCUGUAUUAUUAUUAACAUCACUUUUAUGGCUAUGGAGCAUUAUCCAAUGACUGAGAAAUUCUACAAUGUGCUCUCUGUGGGAUACCUGGUCUUUAUUGGGAUCUACAUAGCAGAAAUGUUUUUGAAAAUAAUUGCUUUACAUCCAUAUAAUUAUUUUCAAAGAGGCUGGAACAUAUUUGAUACCGUAAUUGUUAUACUUGCUUUAGCAGAUAUAUAUAUGAAAGAGGCGUAUGGUUUAUCACUUUUUGGAUGGUUCAGACUGCUCCUGGUUUUCAAGGUGGCAAAAUAUUGGCCAACCUGGGAAAAGCUGAUAAAGAUAAUUAAUUACUCUGUAGAUGCCCUUAAAGGCUUGUUUUUGCUUUUGUUUAUCACCAUGUUCACAUUUGCAGUAGUUGGCAUGAAGUUAUUUGGUCAAGGCUGCCAAGAAUAUCUCUGCAAGACUGAUGUUGACUGUCCAUUUAAACGUUGGCACAUGCAUGACUUUUUUCACUCCUUCCUGCUAAUGUUUCGAGUGCUUUGUGGUGAAUGGAUAGAUUCUAUGUGGGACUGUAUGAAUACUGAAGGCCAAAAGGAAUGCCUUAUAUUUUUUGUGGUGGUUAUCAUUAUUGGGAAAAUGCAGUUACUGGUCCUCUUUGUGGCUUUGUUGAGCUCAUUCAGUCCAGAGAACUUUGCAGCAAUCCAAGUGAGCCCUGAAUCCAAUAAUCUCCAGCUUGCAAUGGCAAGGAUUCAAAAAGGAAUAUAUUAUGUGAAACGAACUUUAUUUGACCUUGUUGCAAAAGGGUUUUCUAAGAAGCAGAUGAUUUCAAAUGAUAUCCAAGGAGAGGAAAACCUAAAUUUGGAAAAGAGAAAUCAUACAAUUAAUGGCAUGAGCAAAAAAAUCUGGGAGAGUCAAGAUAGACUCCAUAGCAAUGGAUGCCGCUUGGAGAAAUAUGUGAGGGAUAAAAGUCAUUUUCCUUCACUCGUUCCUAAUUCUAAUUACUCAACAUUAGCACCAAUUGCUUUGGGAGAAUCUGAUUUUGAAAAUGUCAUCAAAGAAGCUAGGAAUGAAUUGGACAUUGGCAGCAGCAAAGAGAACCUCCCCCAAAAUAGUUCCUCUGAAGAUAGCAUGAUUCCCAUCCUUGCCUCUGGAGAAGGAGAACAGGCAGUGAAUAAAUCUCUGAAAUCAGAUGAACCAGGGGCCUGUUUUACAUAUGGUUGUAUAAGACGAUUUCCUUACUGUAAAGCCAGCAAGAAAUCUAGGAAAGGAAAAAUUUGGUGGAAUCUAAGGAAAACAUGCUAUCGAACAGUAAACCACGGAUGCUUUGAAAUUUCCAUAGUUUUCAUUGUCUUGCUCAGCUGCUUUGCUCUGAUCUUUGAAGAUAUAUAUAUUGAAAAGAGAAAGACUAUCAAGAUUAUACUGGAAUAUGGUAACAUGAUCUUCACUUAUAUCUUCAUUUUAGAGAUGCUUCUAAAAUGGAUGGCAUAUGGAUAUAAAACAUAUUUCAGUAAUGUCUGGUGCUGGCUGGAAUUCUUGGUUGUUAAUGUCUCAUUGGUUUGUUUGGUAGCCAAUUAUCUAGGAUACUCAGAAUUUGGUACCCUGAAAUCUCUCCGGAUACUAAGAAUUUUAUCUAUAUAUGAAGGAGUAAGGGUGGUUUUACAUAUUUUUUUAAAAGCAAUUCCAUCUAUCCUAGAAGCACUUUUGGUCUGGCUUAUAUGUUGGUUACUUUUUAGCCUUAUGGGAGUAAACUUGUUUGCUGGCAAGUUCUUCAAAUGUAUUAACAUCACAACUGGUGAAAGACUCCCUUGGACUCUUAUCAUCGAUGUUAUUGAUUGUAAGAUGCUUAGCAACAGUAGUGGAGAUGUACAAUGGAAAAAUCCAAAAGCAAAUUUUGACAACAUUGGAAAUGGUUACUUUUCUCUGCUUCAAUUAGCCACCUUUCAAGGAUGGUUGGAUAUCAUAUACGCAGCUGUUGAUACAGUUGAUGUAGAAAGACAGCCUAAAAAUGAGAGCAAUGUCUACAUAUAUCUUUACUUUGUCAUCUUUGUAAUUUUGGGGUUGUGCUUCCCCUUUGUCUUCUUCGUUCGUGUUGUCAUUAAUCAUCUCAAACAACAAAAAAGAAAGGUUGGUGGUCUAGGAAUCUUCAUGACAGAGAAUCAGAAGAACUAUUACAAUAUGUUGAAAAAAUCAAGGUAUAGGAAACCCCAAAAGUCAAUACCUCGACCAGAGAACAAAUUCCAAGGAUAUAUAUUUGACUUAAUCACAAAGGAAGCUUUUGAGAUCACCAUCAUAGUACUUAUCUGCCUUAAUACAGUGGUCAUGAUGGUAGAAACAGACACCCAGGACACCUAUAAAAGAAAUAUAUUGUACCAGAUCAACCUGGUGUUCAUUGGCCUCUUUGCUGGAGAAUGUCUGCUGAAACUCAUUGGCCUCCGCCUUUACUACUUUACCAUAGGCUGGAACAUCUUUGAUUUUGUGGUAAUCCAUCUCUCCAUUAUGGUUGUAUUACUGCCUCAUUUGACAGUCAAGUAUCUCCUGACCUAUUCCCAAGUGCAAGUGAUCCGUCUCAUCAGGUGUGGACGAGUCCUGAAUUUCAUUAAAGGAACCAAGGUCUUGGGCCCACUAAUUUAUGCUCUGAUGCUUUCCCUUCCUACUUUACUGAAUAUUGUACUUUUGCUCCUCCUAAUCAUGUUUAUCUAUGCUAUUCUUGGAAUGUCCCACUUUGCAUAUAUUAAAAAGGAUGCUGGAAUUAAUGACAUGUUCAACUUUGAAACCUUUGGCAACAGCAUGCUUUGCCUCUUCCAAAUUACUACAUUUGCUGGUUGGAAUGGCUUACUGGAACCAGUUCUUAGUACUGGACCCCCAGACUGUGACCCUGAAAAAAUUCACCCAGGAAGCUCUGUAAAAGGAGAUUGUGGAAGUCCCUCUUUUGGGGUUUUCUACUUUGUGAGUUACAUCAUUAUAUCCUUUCUGGUGCUUGUAAACUUGUUCAUUGUUGUUAUUCUGGAGAUUUGCAAUGUUGUGACUGAAGAAAAUGCUCAGCUCCUUAGUGAGGAAGUUUUUGACAAUUUUUAUGAGGUGUGGAAGCAAUUUGAUCCAGAUGGCACCCAUUUCAUAGACUAUAGUCAGCUUUCUGAAUUUGCUGCUUCAUUGGAUCCUCCAUUUCUUAUAGCUAAGCCAAACAAAAUCCAGCUCACAGCCAUGGAUCUUCCCAUGGUCAAAGGGGAUCGAGUUUUUUGUGCUGAUGUCUUAAUUGCUUUUACAAAGUGUGUUAUGAGAGAAAGUGAAGAGUUUAACCAUAUCUGUUUACCAUUGCGUAAACAUUUUCUGUCAUCAUGUCUCUUCCAAGUUUCCUAUGAACCAGUUACAACAACUCUAAAAAGAAAACAAGAGGAGGUAUCAGCUCUUGUCAUUCAGCGUGCUUUUAGACGUUUCUGCUUGAGGCAAAAUGAAUCUGGUAUAUAUAAUAUCAAAGGUGAAGCUAGAGAGAAACUAACUAUUGAAGAAGCCAUAGUAAUUGAUAAAAUUCCAGAGAAUUCCACUCUAGAGAAAGUAAGUUUUCUGAGCCCUCCCUCUAAUUCCCUAUAUUUGGAUAGUGUGAUAGAGCAAGACAGAGAGAAACAUGAAAUGGACCAAACAGAAAAAGAAGACAUAGGCAAAAGUGACAGGGAAAAGGAAAAAUGAGCAAGGAAUUACUUUUGUCAGCAAUUUGCUAGAAUUUAUGAACGUGACAUUACAUAAAACAGAGCAAUUUUGGUAAGUCUAUGCCAAAACAAUUGUUUUUAACCAAAAGAGAAAAAAAACAAGACUUAAACACAUCAUCUGUGCUUCUAACAAUACAAUGAUUCUUCACUGCCUAACUGUGAUUCAAUAUUAAAGCAACUUAAUAAGGGAUUUCUGUUUGCACUGCUUCUCUUAUAAUAGAGAAAAGAUAAAAAAAAGCUGCUAAGAAAGAUAGGGACCAUGGACUAAGGGAGGUAGAAUCUAAAUCGCCUAGCUUUAAUAAAAUACAUCAGCACUUUUGCCUUUGGCUAUUUUUCAUAGCAUCCUUGCCAUUCAUUACCCACUUUCCCAUCCACCACAAACUAGCUUUUUUUCUCUGUCUCUUUAUAGCUCUCUGUCACAUACACUCACAUGUACAUGAACACAUAUGCACAAAUAAAAGGUAUACAAUAAGGAACAUAUGUACUUAAUACAUGCUGAUCUUAUUCAUUCUAUUUGAAAAAUAGGAAGUCAAAGUGUUUUAUUGGUCCCUUAAAAUGCAAUUGUCAGAGAAGUUGAAGUUCCUGAGAUUUUAGCAAAUACUUAGGGAAAUAGGCUAUCAAAAUUGUAGCAUGUGUGUGAAAAUUGGUAUCUUUUAUUUAAAGUACUUAAUAUUAUUCUAUCUUGCAUCAGCAUUAGCUUUUAUGCCUAAAAUCCUAUAGAAUUCUCUUAACAUAUGGACUUCUGACUCUAUGUACCAACCACUCAACCCAAAUAUUAGAGAGGUUAUGCGCAAAGGUAUUUUGCCCCAUAUUCCAUCUUCUUUCUUAUAUUUCCUCUAAAUUUAUAUUUCCCCAUAACUUCAAAAUGAUGUGAAGAUUUCCACUGCCAUCAGAAAAAUACAUGCAGUAAUCAAAGUGAGGCAACAAUUCCCAAGUCUUUUCUUGAAUUUUCUUUAAGAAACUACUUUCCUUCCAUAAAAUAUCUCAGAUGACCCAACUACCAAUCACUAUGUGAGCUAGAUUCUCUUCUCAUUGGCUGGUAUUUCCUAACUCAGCAUGGCUAAGAUUUUAUUCCUCAAUGAAAUAUUUGCUGCAAAUCAACUGGAUAUAUAAUAAUAUGGUGCAUGUCUGGGCAAACAGCCAUCACUUGGAAACAUUAUUAUAAAUAUCAUGUAUCUACUCCCACAAUGCAGUGUCCUGUACAGCAUAAGAGAUCUAUAAAUGUUUGUCGACAUCGUCCUUCUCAAACUUUCAUCACAUAAGUUGAUGUACUCAAUGUCCAUGAAGUAUCAAUGAUCUACAGAUUACUAUAAAUGUAUGUUGGUUUUGCCACCCCAUUUUCCUAUUUCUCUGCCUAUUGCCCAAGACUGGAUAAUCAUAGCUAUUAUUCCUUUGAGGAGACUUGUGGAAAUAUAUUUUUUGUUCGCCUUGGGUUUUUCUACAGUAAAGUUUUCUUUAUAUCUGUCAUGUGACAGUACAUAACAAUGAAAUGGUGACUAAUGUAGUGAUUGAUCAUUUCCUCCUCAUUCUCCCCCCACCAAAAUCUUGUAUUUUGUAUAUGUUUUAUAAUGACUUAUCUAUGUGCUUGUUUUCUCCCAAGAGAAUGCUAUCUUAUUCAAAGCAAGAUCUUUUUUCAUUUUUUUUCUGUUCCUAACACAGAACCUGGUAAAUAAUAGGUGCUUAAUAAAUGUUUGUUGAAUUGAA